ACGCCGAGUAUUACAUCCAAUAAUUCAAUGUAUUAUGUAUUUAAAGGCACGUAUGUUAGUAUAACGUAAAAUGACAUACACAAGUAUCUUAAAAGUUUACGUUUAUAUUGAACAGUAGCUCGAAUUAGCGCUCAGUUACUCCGAGACCUUCAGAGGAGAUUAUAUUACAUUCCAGCGUGUCAAAGACAACAAUCAUGAGUAACCGCAAAAGAACGUUGUCUUACCGACCAUGGGGCUCAUCAGAAGACGGAGUAAUAGAAUUCGAGUCAUUGACAUCGACGGCACUAGAAGGCGCCUUGAAUGUAAUCAGAGAAUCAUUCUUUCCUGAAGAAAACGUAUGUAUAGGAUGUGACAUACAAUCCGAACCAGGAGCGUCAGAAGAGCUUGAACAAUUGUGUAUGCACACUGCAAAAGAUGGCGUCAGUGUUGUUGCAAUCGAUGUUAAUACAAUGGAAGUUGUUGGCGUCGCUUUCAAUAAACUCCAUACGCGCUUAGCCCAAGAUCAAAGAGGAUUCUUCGAAGAAUUCAGUGAAAAUUGCAAAUACAAAGCAUCCAAGUUUCUCGUUGAUUUCAUGAUAAGCGUCGACGCAAAGGUUAACCUUUUCAAGCACUACAACGUCGACUGUAUUCUGGAGAUAAUGUUUUUAGCAACGAAGCCGAGUUUUCAAAAGAGAAGAAUAGGCGAAUUGUUGGUUUCUUCGUCCCUAGAAUUGGGAAGACAAUUGUACAAAGGAAUGGCCGUGAAGACUGAAGUGGAGAUCGAUGAACAGCCUUUCACGAACGCAGAUGCUGUUCCUAGUCUUGUUUCCGCGAUUAUGACGUCGAACUACUCUCAGAAAAUAAGCCAGAAACUAGGGUUUGAUAACCUUGCUGAAGUGAGCUACGAUGAGUACACGUUUGCUGGAAAGAAGGCUAGUGAACGGAUAGGAAGUGUUCAUAAAACUGCUAGGCUUGUUGCGAAAAGACUCAAUAAGAAUUAGCUUUAUGGUAUUUUAUUAUAGUACCUGAGUAGACAGUAUUAACCUGUUUUUGC